UGGUUGCCCUACAAAGUUCAGAAAGAUCAAAUCAUCUUGGAGGCAAACUGACGGGGAACUGUCAACCAACUCACUGCGUUUCGGUAUAAAGCUGAAAGAAUUUGUUCAAUUUAAGAUUGAGGGGAGAAAAAAGUUUAACACAGGCUAUCUGUAGAGUUAGUUCACUUCAGUCUGAGUCACACUGUUCUGCAGUCAACAUCCAGACAACCAUGGAGCGGGGAUUACCCUGUCGGACAUCACUUUGGGGGAAGAAGCUCUUGCUUUGGUUAUGCUCUCUUCUGGUUUGCAUUGAUGCAGCUAAAGGCGAGAUGUCCCACACUCACUCCACACUGGGUGUUUCAGCCCCCCACCUGUACUAUACCUGUCCAGAGGGUACCACUGUCAAACUGGUGUGUAAUCACAGAGGUACCGCCUUGCACAACACGGAUUUAUUGAGGCGUGUCUGGCUUUUCACGCCCCACAGUGACCAGCACUGUAUGGCACGGAUGGGCCCACGUCAUACUAAUGGUCAUUCCCAAGGCAGCCACAGCUUGCCAGGGUUGCAAUUUGGAUUUGCAGAGCAGGACUUCUGGGUGGUUCUGCAGAAUGUGACCUACGCUGACCAGGGUCGCUACUGCUGUAUGAUCCAAGAUAUCCAGGUGGAUCAUAAACACGGCACCUUGCUGCAGAAACCCCACAGCCACAUUGUUCUCCAAGUUACACCACCGAGAAAUGGAUCUCAAGAGUGCACUAUCUGGGAUCCCACGCCACCUGGAGGCUCUGUGCCAGUGGCCUUGGCCGUAGCAGCCUGCAUCUUGGCUCUGCUUUCUCUGCCUCUUAUCCUGGUGCUUGUGUACAAACAGAGGGAGAACGCCCAGUCGAGCAGACGUGCACAAGAGCUGGUGAGGAUGGACAGUGAGCCUCAUGGCCAUGAAAACCCCGUGUUUCUUGGGGGAUCACCACAGAUUAAGACCCGCACCGUGUCUCAGAUCAUGACCAGGCAAUCCUCAGAGACAGGGCGUCACUUGUUGUCUGAGCCAGGAACCCCCCUUUCUCCUCCUGCACAUGGGGACGUAUUCUUCCCAGUAGAAGACACCAUCCCUGAGUCUCCAGACUUCAUGCAGGUUUAAAGGGGGUUGAAACCUCAUUCAUCGUUCUAACUGCUGAUCUGGAGACAGCCCUGCAACUCUCUUCCUCUUCUCUCUGCCUCCAGAGUGAUGAUGCCCAUAUCAGCUGUCUCACAAUAACCUCUGCUGAGAUUGUCGUCUGUACAUUGUCUGGACCGCAGGAGGGAACGGACUGUGUUUUUUUUUUUUUUAAACAAUUUCCACCUGCAACAACAGCUGGAGGCCAAAAGCAAAGUUUUGGUUGUGAGCACUUGUGUUGUGAGAGGGGGGUAGGUUUGUGUGCGACAUUCCAUCAAAACGCUGACAAUAGCUUGUGGACCAACAGAUGCCCGUUGCUUGAGAAGAGCCCAUAGUGUUAAGGGUGGGGGUUCCGCAAUGUGCAGGCGUGCCACGUUUCUAUGGCUUUCACACCUACCAACUAUGGUGCAUUUACUGGUAUGGUUUGGUUCAUUUAGGCUGGUGUGCAGUCUGUAAUUCAAACAAUGUCCAGUGAAAGGGUUAUCUUUCAGUCCAUGUGGACACAAAAUGGAGUGUAAUUAAAACACAAGUGUACAUGUAUCUUUUUCUCUUUUUAACCAAACCACAGGUGUGAAAGUGACCUAAGGCUCUCUCUCAUCCCUUUCAUUGUAGUAAAGUGCUUGAGUAGCUUCAUACCAAAUGAGGCUCAAUCAUUAGAGAAGUCCCAAUAUUCUUGUACAAGUCAUUUGUUUUUAUAGCAUUAUUACACUGUUCCUCUGAAUCAUUUCCACUUGACCUCUGCUUCUUUUCUCUUCCCUCUUUGGUACCUCAUUUACUGUCAGCUCUGUGGCUCUAAAUACUCUCCUUCCUUCCUGUAUUGUCAGAAACGCAGCAUUUUGCAGUGGCCUUAAAUAUAUUCACAAACUGCUGAAAAGUGCAGUAAGUUUUUUGAUGAUAGUUAGGAUGUUUUUCAUGUACAGUUACAUAUUGAAGAAUAAAAUCUUUAUUGAUUUUCUCCUGAAUGUAGCCUAAUAGAUUGUUGUAAUUAAAAAAACACCUUCAUAAAACAGUUUAACCACUGCCAUCUCAACACUGUUUUUGUGAAUCCUUUUCAGAUUUCUUUUGUUUUCAUGUACAGUACCUUGAUUUAAUUUUUGAGAUGUAUACAUUAAUGUUCAUUAGUUUUUUUUGUGCAUGCAAUGGGAUGUUAAUAAGUAAAUAGAGUGACAGAAAAUGGGAAGUGAUUGCAAUGAUAUUGUUAGCAAUUGUGGGAAACCACUCUUGUUUUUUCAUAUUGAGGUAAAACGUGUACAGCAGCAGAAAUCAACUCCAAGCGAUGUGUAGCAGCUCUCUAGGACAGGGUAUUGUGUAUGUAUGUUAAGAUUUGAAUACUUUUAUAAGUACCAAGAUCAAACCGAGAUUCUUUUCAAAUGCGCCUGUGUGUGUGUGUGUUCACAAAUUUUGUGUUCUGGUGUAAGUGUGUGUGUGUGCGCAUUUGGAUCUGCAUCUGUAUGUAUGUUUUGUGUUUUAGACUGUAAAAAGCUUGUAUUAGACAUAGACACAGUUUGUUCUGCGUAUUGCAUUUAACUUGUCCCUCGUUCUAGCUUGUAUAAUAAAAUGGUGCUCUUAAACCUUAAA